GUUAGGAGAGUCGCAGCAGCUCUAGACGACCCAAUAAAAGUCGUGGCCAUGAAGAGAUCGAUAACUUCCCACAUGCAAUGUCCCCAGUAAUCGGGUAAUAUACCUAGCUAAUUCAGAGAGAGAGAGAGAGAGCUACAACAUCAAUGGCUCCUCCUCAGUUCAUUGCAGCCAUUGUUCUGGUCUUUGCUGCUCUUCCAUCGUUGGCUCGAGCAACGACGCAUUUUGUGGGUGAUCACUACGGUUGGAACCUCAAAUUCGACUACGCAGCUUGGGCUAAGGGUCGUCACUUCUAUGUCGGAGACAAACUUGUUUUCAAGUAUGCAAAGGGAUAUCACAACGUCUAUAAAGUGAAUGAGUAUAACUUCAACAAAUGCAAAGUUCCACCACUCAACGAAGCCAUGGACACCGGCUACGACGUUAUAACCCUCACAACUCCAGGAAGAAAGUGGUACAUUUGUGGCAAAGCUUAUGGAAAGCAUUGCAUGAUGGGCCAAAAGUUGUCCAUCUAUGUCAAGCCUAAACAAUCUAUGCCACCAAAACCCACUGUUGGUCGACGCCCUGUACGUCAUUUCGUUGGUGGUGGUUAUGGAUGGAAGCUCAAUUUUAAUUACGCUGCUUGGGCCCGUGGAAGAGACUUCAGAGUCGGAGACUCUCUCGUGUUCAAGUACCCACGCGGAUAUCACAACGUCUACAAGGUGAGCGGGCCGGAAUUCAAUUAUUGCAGGGUACCUCGGGCGACCAGGCCUCUGACGAGCGGAUACGACGUCAUAAAGCUGACGUCACCAGGGAGGAAGUGGUACAUCUGCGGCAAGGCCCAGGGCAAACACUGCCAAAUGCGCAUGAAGCUCCCCAUCUUUGUGAAGCCGUGAUAAUUAAUCAAGUCAAGUCUCGAUCUUUAAUUUAAUAGCACCGAAGAUGAUACGUUAUGGAAUAAGUGUGCGAGUGUGUACGUGAUUUGAUUGGUGUCUGGUGUGGUGUGAGAUUUAAUGGUUUUUAAUAAAUUGAUGUCAGUUGUGACUGUUGUGUGAUGAAUAAAUAUAUAAAGAGUCUACGCGAGUUGAA